AUGCCGCGCGGUGGGAAACGAAGCGGUGGUGCGCGAGCGCCACCACGUAAUGUCGCUCGCCUACGAUCAAGCCACGGUAUCGACCAAUCUGCCCCCAAUCCUGUACUCGGUAUAGGUCCUGCUGGUUUCACUUUACAAGAUGAGGCCCGCAGCACCGCCCAUCGGUCGUCACCGUGGACCAGUGAUUCGAGGCUACGACAUCGGCCCGUUACCUUCGUGAACAUUGGGGCGUCAGAACCGCUCAAACAACUAGAAGAUAUUUUGCAGCAGGAGAAGCAUGCCGGCCAACAUGAAGAGCCUCAUGAGCCAAUUUCUACGCCUCAUGAGGUCCAGAACGACGAUGACGCACUACUCGACGAGCCUGACGAGUCUGCUUCUACGUCCAAUGAAGCAUGCAUACCCGAUGAGACGCUAGCCACUCUUGCCGGUGACUCGGCAGGAUCUCCUGAUCAAGACCAGCCCAUGGAUGCAACAACCGUUACAGCCGACAAAGACAAUAACACCAGCCUCGAUAAUCAACUAGAUACAGAGAUGGUUGAAUCGCUACCAUUCUUCCUUGACAUCACAGGAGACAAGCACCUGCUUGAGAAGGUCCCGAUUCAACCCGUCGAACGUUCACCUUCACCUAUUCCGUCUGAUUCGAGCGAGGAGGUUAUUCUCUUCAGAGGCCGCAACAAGGCCGCUGGAGAUAAACAGACACAGAAAAAGAAACAGAAACAGAAGCAGAAGACGAAGCAAAGGCCGUUCAACCUCGGCGGAAUUCAAACAGAAAUCAAAGUAGUAGAGAAGACGGUCAAACCUAGGGAGAAGGACAAUGCUGGGGGGUCAGGGAAAGGCCGGAUCAACUUGCCGCGGAGGUCUCAUCAAGACAUGAAGAUACAGAAACGCCAGGAGGAGGACGACUUGAUUGCUGACUAUAUCGCCAAUAUGCGUGAAUAUGGCGAUGACGAAGGUUUAAUGCCUGCGCAAGCCUAUUCCCGUCGAGAUAUUGGGGGUUCCCUUAGCGAGUCCGAAAGCGUUGAGGAGUCGUUCCGGACAAUCACCGCUCUCGAUGAAGCCAGACUCAUAUCGGCUGACGACAAAGUACUGAACGAGACGGCGGCUGAAGCAGAUAUGACCCAGGCGAGCGAUGCAGAUCCGCCCCAGAAGGCCCGUAAGCACUUUAACCAGGGCAGGACAACACGAAUCGACGAUGCGCUUUUGGCAGUUCUGGAGACGGACGCCUCAUACCUGGGCUCCCUCGAGCAAUCUCAUGCUGAAGACCCAUCCCCGCCAUCGGAGACAAGCGACCAGGAGGAUAUAGCGGAUGACUUGUUUGCUUCAGCAGCAGACCGGUUCGCAAACGAGGUUGACGACUUCGACUUUAUGGAGUGGAACCGUCCAGCGCUGAAGCGAAAGGGCAAGGGGGCUAAAGGUAAGGUCCCCGUGUUUGACAUAUCGGAUUCCGAGCUUGAGGGCAAGAUGCAGGCGGCGUGGAAGAACGACCGCUUGAAGAAAGCGGAGAGGAAGAAGGAGCGACAGGCUUUACGCACUCAAGGUCUGUUGGGUAAACACGCCAACCCCGAGGACUUGCGAAUCAAAUAUCCACAUGGUAUGGGACUGGAACACAUUGCCGACGAGUUGAGGGCGUUUCUCUUGGGCACACAACCUAGAACCGCCAAAUUCGCCGAUGAGACAUUCGAUAUGGCCAUUGCCAGGGUUGGGCGCAAGUACUUUCCCCGCAACGACACAGCGGUACGAGCUGCUGUGCAGCGGCAAUCGGCGCGUCGUGGCGGAGGCGGGCAUGCGGGUGUCCUUUAUCGAGAUGGCGAGGUGGUCGGAGGGUCUGCGCCGGAACUGGGCCAAGAAAACAAGGGUCGUGCGAUGCUCGAAAAGAUGGGCUGGAGCAGCGGUACUGCUCUCGGCGCGCUCAACAACAAGGGCAUUUUGCAGCCUGUUGCGCACGUCGUCAAGCGUAGCAAGGCUGGCCUCGGAUAA